CUUGAGCCCUUUAGUCUGCUCACACUCUCGACAGUGUUUGCUAGUUGUGGGCGUGCGUCAAUUUGUGGCUCAUGACUGUGCUUAACAUGACAUUCCUUGGUAGAGAAUGAUUGUUAACUACAUUAGCAGUGCUCAUUCAUAAAACUGAUCAAGACCAGAAUUUACUCUUCAAGAAUUACAGAUUGAUCUUGUGUUUUUCCUGAAAACAUUUCAGUGUGUGACCUGUUAUUUUUAUUUUAAAACAUGCAAUUUAUUGGAGGGUCAAAUUGUUUAAUGGAGGACUUGCAUGCAGAAUGUAUCAAGUUGAAGAAGUCAAAUGCUAGUUUUCAGGCUUACCCUCAAGAAAAGAAGAUCAGACUUGCUCUGACCUCUCCCUCUCAGCUUCAAGUUCCUCUCAACUUGGCUUUACAACAUGGAGAGUGUAACAUUAGUUGUGAGGGUGGCACUCGUAACAAAUGUAAAACUUUUGUGGAUGAUUUCUACUGGCAAAAUGUCAGUUCCUCAUUCUACUUUGAUGGGAGUAUGGUUAACUUGACCUCUCUUCACCAAUAUUGUGUCACAGCUACAAUUGGAAGAUGUUGCCAUGUUUUUACAAAGACAAUACUUUUGGAAGAUUACGACCAUCAUAAUUUCUCUGCUGAUAAUCCAAAAGAGACUUUUUCAGCAUCAAUAGCUGCUGCUAUCGUCAUAAUUUUUACUGCCAUCACCUUAGCAACAUUUGUUAUUUUGUAUUACAUCAAAGCAUGUCACAGUUCAAACCACAGGAGGCCUAGACAAAAACAUCUAUCAUUUAUACAACUACACUCAGUACACCUUGAAGAUGGAUCCACUAAUAUCACAGUAAUAUGCAUGUAUGUAAUGGACAGAACACAGCCAUUUCAAGAUGAAGUACUAGAUCUCAAGUCAUUUUUAAGGUUCAGAGGACUGAAUGCUAUUGAUAUUUAUGACGAAGAAGAGUACAUCAGGUCCUCUUUCUCUCAGUGGGUUCACAGAGUUUUGGAAAACAAAACGACAAAGUUAUUAUUGAUAGAUUCAGAACAAAUUCGCCCUUUAUGGAAUGGCAAUCUUAAUGGUUGCAGAGAAUUGCAGUCAGUACAGCAAGCCAUUACUUACAUUGGCUCUUGUGUUCCUGUAUCUGAACUAUUCAAUCGUUUGUUUGUUGUCAGGCUAAAAGCAAUGAGACCUAUAGAAGAAGAGUUUAUUUAUCCUGGAAGUGGAAGGGUCUACGUGUUUCCCACUCAAAGAGAAAGGCUUUGGAAAGAUCUUAUGAAAUCAACAUCAAAUCAGGCAGUGCAGCCAGCCGAAGAAGAAAGAAAUUAAUAUUAUUUAUAAAUAAUGUUAUAAUGUUUUUUAAUACACACUUUUAACUACAAA